AUAAAGAGAAGGAGAAAAUAAAGCUUGAAGAAGAUGAGGCAGCAGCUGCCAGCACUAUGGCAGUCUCGGCUUCCCUUAUGCCACCCAUUUGGGACAAAACUAUUCCUUAUGAUGGCGAGUCUUUCCACCUGGAGUACAUGGAUCUGGAUGAGUUCCUGCUGGAGAAUGGAAUUCCUUCCAGUCCUACUCACCUGGAUUUGAACCAGAAUCCACUCUUGCCUGUGGCUGAGCUGGAAGGAAAGGAGUCUGCCAGUGCUUCCACUGGUUCUCCUGCAUCGUCCUCUUCCACUGCAGUUUACCAGCAAUCUGAAGCAGCCUCCAGCACAGAGUCCCCACCACAGAAUGAGAGAAAUACUCCCAGCCCCAUUGAUCCUGACUGCGUAGAAGUUGAGGUGAAUUUUAACCCUGACCCUGCUGAUUUAGUGCUGUCCAGUGUGCCUGGUGGUGAGCUCUUCAACCCUCGCAAACACAAGUUUACUGAAGAGGACCUGAAACCACAACCUAUGAUUAAAAAAGCCAAGAAGGUUUUUGUCCCAGAUGAGCAAAAGGAUGAGAAAUACUGGACAAGACGAAAGAAGAACAACGUGGCAGCCAAGCGCUCCCGCGACGCUCGGCGGCUAAAGGAGAACCAGAUCACCAUUCGGGCAGCCUUCCUCGAGAAGGAGAACACGGCCCUGAGGACGGAGGUCGCGGAGCUGCGCAAGGAAGUGGGACGGUGCAAGAACAUUGUUUCUAAAUACGAGACCAGAUACGGACCCUUUGACUUAUCUGAUUCCGAGUGAUGCAACUUUAAAGACUUUUAAAAACAAAGAAACUAAAAAGCACACAUGAAUCUCCAGUCUUCAGAGUGAGCAGUGAAAUCUGUGAGGUGUCCCAACACAAACAACUGACGAUGACCCUGCCUGCCUCCUUGCCUGCAAGUACCCCAUCUGAACUACCCAGGGCUGGGCAUGAUGAAAAGUGCAAAGUCUCCUUAAUUCUGUAUAUGGCUUUCUUAUCUGUCUUUCUCACUGUAACUAUGAACUACAAUAAGCUUACCUAUUGGGGUUUUGUCAAGACACUCAAAGUUCAUGUCUCAAAGUCUAUUGACAGCCUGUGUGAAUAGUGACUCUUUGUUUUGGCACUCAAGUGAAAGAAAAGAGGGAGUUUUAAAUGAAAGUGUCUGUAUAUAUUAAGAACUACUAUAUUUUAAGACUCUUUUCCCUGCAGUAGAAUGAAUUUUAUUUAAUGCUGCAGCUCACUUCUGGGACAGUGUAGCAUAUUGUGGAGUACUAUAAGGCACCAGGAAAACAGCAGCCAGUGAUGUGUGAGACUUCAGUGCAGAAAAGUACAGCAGAUGUACUGAAACAAUCCAGAAAGCACCACAGUGUGC